ACUUUUUGUUUACAAAUGUAGCUAGCUAGCUAGGAAGCGAUCAACUGGCAAUCGGCUAUUCAACGCUAGUUCAAUUACAACAAGAUAACAAAAUGAACGGAAUUCACACUGUGUUGUUGGCCGACGCAUAGUCAUUCACAUGGCAUUAUCUACUGUGAAGUUAACAUACAUCUUUAGUUUGGUUUUCGCUAGCUACCAUCAUGAAGUUGGCAAGCUAAAUUGCUUGCGAGUUUUGGUACGUUAUCAGUAUUAGCUAGCGACGAGAUUUUUGGAGACGUGGGUCGUGUGGUAUUUCUGCAAGCACAUUAUGGAAGGAGUUCUCUAUAAGUGGACAAAUUAUAUGACAGGGUGGCAGCCGCGCUGGUUUGUUUUAGAUGAUGGGAUAAUUUCCUACUAUGAUUCUCAAGAUGAUGUCUGCAAAGGGAGCAAAGGAAGUAUUAAGAUGUCCGUCUGUGAAAUCAAAGUUCACGCCACUGACAAUACCAGACUGGAACUGAUCAUACCAGGAGAGCAGCAUUUUUACGUCAAAGCUGUCAAUGUUGCCGAACGACAGAAGUGGCUUGUGGCACUUGGAAGUUCCAAAGCCGGCCUUGCUGACACAAGGGCCAAUAAAGGAAAAGAAAUAACAGAGAAGACAGAAUCUCUUAAGACGAAGAUGUCAGAGCUGCGUCUCUACUGUGACUUGCUAAUGCAGCAGGUCCACACGAUACAGGAGUCUGAGGACCAGGAAGGAGACCACUCCAAUUCCAGCUCGGAGACUCUGAAUGAGGCCUCCUCUUUACUGAGUGCCACGUGUUACACCUUCAUCAAAACACUGGAAGAAUGUAUGAAGAUGGCCAACUCCAAGUUCAAGACAGACAUGGUGCUGUUGAACCCUCCAGAUAACAUGAUGAUGUCCCCUGUUUCUCCGUCCCCAAUACAGAUUUCCCGGAUGAAGCGGUCCAUAAGUUACCCGGGCACGUACAAUUUUGACAGGUCUGGCCUCCCGCCAAAGGAGGGUGUGUUAUCAGGUCAAAGGUCAACCCAGAGGAGGACACGGACUUGUUCGGACACAGAGGCUCACAGUGACAGCUGUGUUUAUGAGAUGGACCGUGCUGCUGUGCUGUGUCUCAAUGCCAGUGUGAACAGGGACUCCUCCUGUCCCUGAGGAGUGUGGUGCCAUCAGACCUAUCAGUCCCAGAGCCAUGUCAGACACUCCAGAGACUCACCUGUCCAUCUGACCUGUCCUGUCACUCACCAAAUACUCACCAGUGGCUUCAGAUAAAGAGAGACUGGGCCCAAAUUCACAAACCUUCAUAAAAAUAUAUUUUACGAGGUUCAUAAGAAAAUCAUGAAUUCUUAAGAAUAUCUUUGAGGAAUUGCACUUAGGAACAAUCUUCUGGACUUUUCUUAAGCUUAUGUUUUUUCUUUAGAAGUUUUUUUUAAAUCCAGGUCCUGGAGUUGAGAUUGGUAGUCCACUGUCAAGUAACUGGUCUGUCUGUUCAGUAGGCCUGUGCAAACUUGUAGGCAUUCUACUGUCUAUAUUUUAUGAAGCGUGAAUAAUGACUUGGCUAAAGCGUGAAGAGUUGUGAAUUCUGCAGAGCUGAAUGUAAUCAGAUACUUCAGUUACUCCACUGAAGUUAGACUGAUAUGAGGCUACUGUAAUGUGUGGUGUUACCAGGGUCGAGUUCAUUAGGGCACGCAAUGGAAAAAAGUUUUAAAACUGAAAAAGAAAAUGAGUGUUUCUUAUUGAAUGACUAGUUGUCCUUCCCUGUCGUUUUAUUCCCUUCAGUGCCUAAUGAACACUCCAGCUUUUAUUGCUCACAUACUGCAAUGCAGUCACUGCUUGGUAUUGCAUUAAUGGUAUUUUCAAAAAGUAUUGUAUUAUUUCCUGUGGAAGCAUUUCUUUGCACUUUAAGAAUUAUGGAUCAAAACAAAGUCCUUUUUGAAUGUUUGUACUAUUCCAGGAAGUUGUAUGUUAUUAUUGCAGAAUAAAAUGUUUGAUAUGCAACGUUACUGUUCAUUCAUUAUGGAGUGAACAAUUUCACUUGAAACACAGAGGUGGAAUACAUUAGCCUUUAACCAAAACCCUUACAUGUCAGGGUUGCUAACUGUGCUGAGGACCAAUUUAGAAUGUUUGUAUGUGGUGACAUUUUCAUCAAUGGGCUGAGUUCGCUUGCAUCUCCUUGUACCCCGGGUGGGCAGAGUUUGUCUAUUUUAGACCGUUCCAUUGGUCCUAGAGUGAAAUCUCCACCCACCCAAGUCACCGGGAGAUGCAAAACAAACUCGCCCAAUGUUUUAAACUUGGCAUGCCCACAGUGUUCACUAUAUUGCUAUGUGAAAGACACUUUGUAUUGUUUUUUUAAGUUAUCAUGUUUGCCACCAAAAGAGUAAUGCCUUAAAAAAAGAUUUUGGGCAUGGAAGGAGUUCUGUGACUGUAUGAUGUUGAUGUUCGAAAUGUAAAGAUGCAUCUUAAAAAUGAAGUGAAAUCACUUGUUUGUA